AUGAUGGAUUUUGAUGAGCGUGGUCCCUGCUCCUCUAACAUGUAUUUGCCAAGUUGUACUUACUACGUCUCGGGUCCAGAUUUUUCCAGCCUCCCUUCUUUUCUGCCCCAGACCCCGUCUUCGCGCCCAAUGACAUACUCCUACUCCUCCAACCUGCCCCAGGUCCAACCCGUGCGCGAAGUGACCUUCAGAGAGUACGCCAUUGAGCCCGCCACUAAAUGGCACCCCCGCGGCAAUCUGGCCCACUGCUACUCCGCGGAGGAGCUCGUGCACAGAGACUGCCUGCAGGCGCCCAGCGCGGCCGGCGUGCCUGGCGACGUGCUGGCCAAGAGCUCGGCCAACGUCUACCACCACCCCACCCCCGCCGUCUCAUCCAAUUUCUAUAGCACCGUGGGCAGGAACGGCGUCCUGCCACAGGCUUUCGACCAGUUUUUCGAGACAGCCUACGGCACCCCGGAAAACCUCGCCUCCUCCGACUACCCCGGGGACAAGAACGCUGAGAAAGGGCCCCCGGCGGCCACCGCGACCUCCGCGGCGGCGGCGGCCACAGGCGCGCCGGCAACUUCAAGUUCGGACAGCGGCGGCGGCGGCGGCGGCGGCUGCCGGGAGGCGGUGGCGGCGGCGGAGGAGAAGGAGCGGCGGCGGCGCCCCGAGAGCAGCAGCAGCCCCGAGUCGUCUUCCGGCCACACUGAGGACAAGGCCGGCGGCUCCAGUGGCCAACGCACCCGAAAAAAGCGCUGCCCCUACACCAAGUACCAGAUCAGAGAGCUGGAGCGGGAGUUCUUCUUCAGUGUCUACAUCAACAAAGAGAAGCGCCUGCAACUGUCCCGCAUGCUCAACCUCACCGAUCGUCAAGUCAAAAUCUGGUUUCAGAACAGAAGAAUGAAGGAAAAAAAAAUUAACAGAGACCGUUUACAGUACUACUCGGCUAAUCCACUUCUCUAA